GGUUUGAAACCGGAAACGGAAAUUUAGUGCACGUUGUUUGAAAAAAUGUCUUCAAGAGGAGGUUUUAGAGGCGGUCGAGGCGGCUUUGGUGGAAGAGGAGGAGGAGGCAGAGGUGGAGGUCGUGGCGGUGGAGGUCGAGGUGGAGGCAGAGGUGGCUUUGGCGGCGGUAGAGGAGGAGGCGGCCGAGGUGGUGGUCGUGGCUUCGGAGGAAGAGGAGGUGGUGGUAGAGGAGGUGGACGAGGAGGAAUGAGAGGAGGAAAAAGCGUUGUUGUUGAACCACACAGACAUGAAGGUGUUUUUAUCGCCAGAGGAAAAGAGGAUGCUCUAGUAACGAAAAACUUGGUAGUCGGUGAAGCUGUCUAUGGCGAAAAAAGAAUAUCAGUCGAUGAAAACGAAACAAAAAUUGAAUACAGAGUCUGGAAUCCGUUUCGUUCAAAAUUGGCCGCUGCUAUUUUAGGUGGUGUUGAAAAUAUACACAUGAAGCCUGGUUCAAAGGUUUUAUAUUUGGGAGCUGCUUCAGGAACUACCGUCAGUCAUGUUGCAGAUAUUGUUGGCCCUGAGGGGAUCGUGUAUGCCGUUGAAUUUUCACAUAGAAGUGGUAGAGAUCUUAUCAAUGUAGCAAAAAAGAGAACAAAUGUUGUUCCUAUUAUAGAAGAUGCAAGACAUCCAUUUAAGUACAGGAUGCUUGUCGGUAUGGUAGACUGCAUUUUCGCUGAUGUUGCACAACCUGAUCAGGCCAGAAUUGUAGGCAUCAACGCUCACAACUUUUUGAAAACUGGAGGGUUUAUUGUGAUUUCAAUCAAGGCAAAUUGUAUCGACAGUACUGCUAAGCCAGAAGCAGUAUUUGCCGGAGAAGUAAACAAACUAAGGCAGGAAAAGAUAAAACCUAAGGAACAACUAACCUUAGAACCUUACGAAAGGGACCACGCUGUCGUCGUUGGACAAUACAGGGCGCCAACUAAAGCUUAAACUUCUUUAAACUAGUUUUUAGACUCUGUAAAGUUUAGUGUUAUCGGUUUUUGUUUAUUAAAAAUAUUAAUACAUGAAGUAGUUAUAAGUUAAGAAAAAAAUUUAUUUACUGAUUAUAUACUAAUAUUAGUAUAUAUAUAUAAAUAUAGUAUUAAACAUUGAUCAUGAUUUGUCCUUUGGUCACGUUAUAAAAAUUAAGAUCGUGCAUAUGUUACGUGAUGUAGGGUUAACAUAUUUGUAGAUUUUUAAUACAUGGGACAUUCUGAGAACUAUUAAGGAAUUUUAAUAAAAACCAUUAAUUUGUAUUU